UGAGAUAAAGGCCUAGACUUUCCUGUAAAUGCACCUGUACUGCUAAAACAAUGGCGAACAACAUAUGAUAAUAAGGGCCUUUUCAAAGAAACUCAUUUAUUGCGUUAAGCUACAAUUUCGACUUUCGUGAUGGCGUUAGCACUGCCAGCGUGACAAGAAAGCCGUAGUACGUGUUUAUAGGCUUAAAGUUUCAAUUACCGCCACUAUUGCGGUUUUUAUGCUUUCUCUUCAUAUCGUUUACAGACAUAACCCCUCUUUUUUAUUUUGCGUACAAAAAAAUACAAUAAAAGAGAUUAAUAUGACUUCUCAGUGGCGCAUGAGUAAAGAAGAUAGCAAAUACUUUCCUUCUGUAGUCAGAGGAAUGACCGUUAAACAGGAACUAAUUACAAGAAUACAGGUCGUUUGUAUGAUUUUCACAGUUGGCUGUCGAUUGCAUUUGCCUAUCUACGCCAUUGGCACGGCAUCAACUUUGUUUCAUCGCUUCUAUGCAAGAGCCGCAUUCCACGAUUGGCAUCCCAAACAUAUAGCUCUAGCUUGUUUGUUUAUAGCCUCGAAAAGUGACGAAGCGGCUCGUCGUGCUUCCGAUGUCGCGAAAUUUUGGAUGUGGCAUCCAGACUAUCCCGUUGAUAGAGCAAAGGCGGAUGAAGUAUCUGAAUGUAUACUUUAUUAUGAGCUCGUGGUAUGUGAAGAAACUUGUUUUGAUUUACAAAUUGAUCUGCCAUAUUAUGAUCUAUUCCAGUUCACUGCAGAGCUAAACACUCCCGUUGACAUAACUUAUUCUGCUUACACGUUUAUCAACGACAGUUUCCGUCUGCCAAUGACGUUGUGGUAUGAGCCGAGACAAAUUGCUGCUGGUGCCUUAUACCUAUCGUACGUACAAAUGAGAAAAGACGAAAAAUUCCAUUAUGAUGAUUCAACACGUUUUGGCGCACUUCUGAUACGAGAUGUUGAGAUUAUCAAAGGUUUGUACAUAGUUUAUAAUUUGUGAUACAUUUUACUUUUUGAGCUGUUGUAGUUUAUCGCGUGAUAUGUUCGUCUGUAGAGGUUAUAACGACUUUAGUGGAUGUUUACAAGCUACCCAAACAAUCAACAGAAGCAGAGUCCAAUGAAGAGCAUGGCAGCAAUGACUCUUAUUCUGAUAGUAGCCCACACUACGAGCAGAAAACCGACGAUGAUCACAGUCUUAGUGCCUACGAUGAAAUCGAAUUUAGUACGAAUAAUGAUAG